CACGAUCUGGAUGGAAAAACAAACCCUUUCGGUUACUAGUAUCGAAAAUAGCUAAAAUUAUGCAUCCGAGUAGUGCGUGUACAGCGUCACCAUUUCGAUUACAAAUCAAAUCAACUAUUUCAACUAAGUUCAAAAUCUGAAGAUAAUCUCGAUAGCCAUUAAAAGAAAACAAUAAAAAGUGCUAAACGGUGGAUAUAGUUAUACAUAAGUGUACGUGAUGAAUGAAAUUCAUGUGUGAAUUGACCUGUGCCGGGGAACUGAAGAGCACUUUUGGCAACCUUUUCGCAAGAUCGAGCGAAAUCAAAAUUCUCUUUCGAAUAAAAUAAUAGCCGGUUUCAUCGCAUACGAACGAUCCGAAUAUAUAUUCUUAAACCCAUCGAAAUUGAAAUGAAUAUAGAAAUUACACAGUAUAAGAAGAAGUCUUGAUGUCUUUUUAUAACAUAGCUGCAGUCGUGUGAUAGAAACGUUGAGUAUUAAUUAUUGUUUUGUAUUAUUUUUAAAAUAAAUACUAAGUCAGUGAAAAGUGAAAGUGAAAUAAAAAGAAAAUGGCAGACACGUUAGGUGAGGAGCAAAUUGCUCAAUAUUUCAUGACAUUUGUGCAAUUCGAUAUUAACGACGACGGCACCAUCAAAACAAAAGAGCUGGGCACUGUAAUGAGGUCUCUGGGUCAAAAUCCUACGGAGGCCGAACUGCAAGACAUGAUCAACGAAGUGGACGCCGACGGCAGCGGCGUCAUCAAAUUUCCGGAAUUUUUAACGAUGAUGGCGCGAAAAAUCGCUGACAUCGACAGUGAGGAGGAGAUACGUGAAGCGUUUCGAGUGUUCGACAAAGAUGGCAACGGACACAUUUCGGCGCCGGAGCUGCGGCAUGUGAUGGGCAAUCUAGGCGAAAAAUUAACCGACGAAGAGAUCGAUGAAUUGAUCCGUGAUGCUGACAUUGAUGGUGAUGGACAGAUUAAUUAUGAAGAGUUUGUGUGCAUGAUGACUUCUUCGAAAUAGAACUUAUCUUAUCCUUUGUUGACAAAAUAAAUAAAUUUUAGAAAAGUAAAAUUCGCCCACACGAAUCAUAAAAAAA